CGGAGCGACUUGACCGACUUGCUUGCGCACGAGGCGUCUCUCAUCGCGAGGAUGUCGAUGACAGUUCCGAUCUCGCGACUGCGACAGUGGUGGCACGACAGCGCCGACAAAAAUAUCGCUCAGAAGAAACGAUGCGUUCUCUCGCCACUGCCAUUUUCCCUGAAUAUAUUCUGCCUUAUUUGCGAAUCAAUAAUUUACUAGGAGGAAAGGGGUCCAGCGCCGCCUGAAGCAGGUGAGGGGGACGCGGAGCCAAUAGCCAUAAAGAAGAACAGCCAAAGCUAUCCUCUCUUCCCCAGUUGGGAAGUGACAACGACAGAGCCAUGUCCCAGAAGAAGAUCUUCCUGGUUCUGCUGGUCAUCAGCAGCGUCAGCCUCCUGCUCCACCACGGAGGACACUUCAGCUGGACCCUGAAAGCCUUCCUGGGCUGCCCCGCCCUGCGGCCCCACCCGUCCGCCGGGCUGAAGCCCAAGCACACGAGCGUGGCCUUCCUGAAGACGCACAAGACGGCGAGCACCACCGUGCAGAACAUCCUGUUCCGCUUCGCCGAGCGCCACAACCUCACCGUGGGGCUGCCCGUGCAGGCCUGCGCCCACCAGUUCUGCUACCCCCACCGGUUCAGCCGCCGGUACGUGCACCCCCACACCACGCACCCCCAGAUCAUCGCCAGCCACAUGCGCCUCAACGCCAGCGAGCUCCGCCGGCUCAUGCCCCCCGACGCCGUCUACGUCACCAUCCUGCGCGAGCCGGCCGCCAUGUUCGAGUCGCUCUUCAGCUACUACAACCAGCACUGCGGCAGCUUCAGGCGCGUGCCCAACGGCUCCCUGGAGGCCUUCCUGGACGGCCCGCUGCGCUACUACCGCCCCAGAGACAUGGACGCCAUGUUCGCCCGCAACACACUGACCUACGACCUGGGCGGGGAGAAGGACAGGCCCCCCGGGGACGUGGCCUACGCCGGGGAGCUCAUCCGGGACGUGGAGCGGACGUUCUCGCUGGUGAUGAUCGCCGAGCAUUUCGACGAGUCCCUGGUGCUCCUGCGCCACCUGCUGAACUGGGACCUGGAGGACAUCCUCUACGUGAAGCUCAACAUGCGCAGCCCCGGGUCCCGCCGCAGCCUGGGGCUGGGCCUGCCCGCGCAGAUCCGGGCCUGGAACUGGCUGGACGCCCGGCUGUACGACCACUUCAACGCCUCGCUGUGGCGGCGCCUGGACGAGCUGGGCUCGGCGUGCGUGGAGAGGGAGGUGCGUCUCCUCCGGCUGGCCCGGGACCGGCUGGUGCGGGGCUGUUUCGGCGGCCAGCUCCCGCUGCUGCGCACCUCCGCCCAGAUCGAGAACAAGGAGCUGCGGCCCUGGCAGCCCAGCGCCAUGGUGGACAUCGUGGGGUACGACCUGCCCCCCAACGGCACCCGGCCGGGCGGGCAGGCCCAGGAGUGCCUGAAGCUGGUCCUGCCCGAGGUGCAGUACUCCCGCCGGCUGCUGCGGAUCCAGAGCCUGCGCCAGCGCCGCGCCUCCUCGGCUCGCCCGUCCGCCCCGCUCCGCAGCACUCUGGCCCGCCGCCGCCUGCACGUGGGGUCCGCCCGGAACUCCCUGGGCCCCACCCUCACCCAGCGGGCGGCCGGACCCCAGGCCCGGGCCGGGGCGCUCAGCCGAUUCUCGCGCCGGCAGUUGUCGUAG